AAGGCAAUUCAGCAAAACACUCAAGCACAACAUCUCUAUCGAGUAAAUUAACUAUGAAGCCUACCCUACUAUUAUCCCUUUCCUUCCUGCCUCUCUUUGCUUUGCUGGCUCUUUCAGAAGAUGUUGAACAAGUUGUGGACAUAAGUGGCAACCCCAUUUUCCCAGGUGGCACAUAUUACAUUAUGCCAUCAACUUGGGGCGCUGCCGGUGGUGGAUUGAAACUAGGCCGGACUGGAAACUCAAACUGCCCAGUUACUGUUUUGCAAGAUUACUCAGAAAUCUUCCGUGGCACACCAGUCAAAUUCAGCAUACCUGGGAUAAGCCCUGGAAUCAUCUUUACAGGUACUCCACUUGAAAUCGAGUUCGCAGAGAAACCAUAUUGUGCUGAAUCCUCCAAAUGGGUGGCGUUUGUGGACAAUGAAAUCCAAAAGGCAUGUGUGGGUAUUGGUGGUCCUGAAGGUCAUCCUGGUCAACAAACAUUUAGUGGCACAUUUAGCAUUCAGAAAUAUAAAUUUGGAUACAAACUUGUGUUCUGUAUCACUGGCUCAGGCACAUGUUUAGAUAUUGGAAGGUUUGAUGCCAAAAAUGGUGAGGGAGGAAGACGUUUGAAUCUCACUGAGCAUGAGGCCUUCGACAUUGUUUUCAUAGAAGCUUCUAAGGUUGAUGGAAUUAUCAAGUCCGUAGUUUGAAUCAAAUCAAAUAAUGUCAAGGGUAGCUAGAUAGUGUUGAGUUAAUGCUUAAUCAUAUGUUUGUCGUUGUGAUAUGCAUUAAGUACUCUGCUCCCGGUUGCUAACAAAACCCCAAUGCAAAAAUAAGUGAUAAAAUAAUGGUUUUGCUUUAUUGUAUUCUCA